GCGAGUCCUUCUUGCACGGGAGCCUCCGCAAGAAGCCGGCCUCCUCCGCACGUGUGCACCCAAAGUGGGAUACCUAUGCACGGACAUACGUACGUACGUACGUACGUAUGGCGAGAAGGGGGAUGCUGAAAUUCGUGCGGCACCGCCGCGAGUUCUCCAUUCGAACUGGAUCAGUUCCUAGCCGCAUCCACGAGCCGUUUCACUUGAACCAAGUCUGAGACAAACAUACACACUCUUUUAUCUCGCGAGGAAGAAGGGUCCUUCCGAGGAAUUGACGACAACGACGGUGAUUAGUGACUCGAAGAAGUGUUGAUCGGCGCUCGGCGAUUGAUCGUUUGGCCGCGCCAUGACGACGAUAACGGCAGUGUUGCUGCUUUUCGCGGUGACAGCGGCCGGUGCGCUGCCGCUCGCCAAUGUGCACGUGAAAUUCGUGUCGCCUCCCGAUGUGUACGAGCACAGCAUUACGACAGAUGGGGAUCGUACGCUAGCCCAGGACUCGUUCAUCUCGAUCGGCCAAAGAAGCACGGCCAAGCGGUCCAAGGAUCCCGAUUACAAUUAUAGGGGAGGUUUGCGGCGAAAUCACUUACGGCAGGCGAUACCGGUAACGAGUCCCGAAAAUGCCGAAGCUCUGUGGCCGGUCGGUGUCUUUCUUCCCCCGAUCGACAUCAACGAUCUUGGAUACAGUUGGCAAGAGGCGCAACGCAAUCUCCCUAAUCUCUACAAGUUGCAGGAACGAGACCCGUACUUACUGACCGGUCGUGAGGCAAUGAUGGCGAUUAAAUACCUCUACGGGCUGGGCGAGCUUUUCUUUGACGAUUAUCCGCAUGUAAGGGCGAUACUGCGUAAUCAGGAGGAGAGGAGGAUGAACGGACUGCACGGACAUGUGUUGAGCAGUUUGAAUCCCAAGUCGCCGUUCUACAGGAAAGCACUCGAUCUUUAGGCUAGGGGAUCGAGUUCGUUCACAUUCAGUGGUGGAGUAACGAUUACUGAGAGCGGGAAAAUGUGCGGGAAGGUGAUAUGGGAAUUCUCGUAGGGGCUCGAAAAAUCCGUAAAUGAGCUUAAUUUUACAACACGUAAUAUUUCAUAUCACAAUUCGCACAAUUCUGUAAUAUAUCGAAACAAAAAAGAAAAUAAUAAUAAUAAUAAUAAUAAUGCAACAUGUCAAAAGAUAAAAUGUACAUUUUUGUGGCGAGAUGCACGAACGAUAUUCCUAAGAUCACCGUUUCAGAUUCUCAAGUCCGGAUCUACAAUAGGUGUAACAAGUCUUUGUAUAUCGAGUCUUGAGCUCUAAGCGCUAAAUUGUCUAAUAAUCUGUAGCAGAAAGCGCUUCCGGCGCUACCAGACGUCGCAAUUUUCGUUGAAGGAAAUGCCUUUUGUCAGAAUUUACAUGACAUUUCUCUUAUCGCUCAGAACAAAAACCCAAAAAGUAGAAUAGAAAAUGACGAGAGAAUGACUAUAAAACUCAUUUUUCGAUCAUUUUUUUUUCAUCAUUUCGUCGUUAUUUUCUGUUCUACCCGGGAGGCUAAAGGUUUAUCACACGUAUCGUAGAAUCUGAACUGAUAAUAGUGCGUAGGAUGUCCCACCACUAUCGCACCCGUCGAAAUCGUUCGUCGAUUCUCGCGAGGAUUUUCGCCCUAAAGAGAGCGCAUUGCAGAUCGAUCACUUUGGUCC